AUUUUCUCAUUCCUGUUUAUAGGAUUACUUUGAAUUAUAAUUCAGGGUCUGGUUAUGGUUUUUGGCAGAGUUUAAGGUCCAUAACAACUCAAUAGUCAAUACCGAAACUGUUACAUUUGUUGUUUAUUUGAUUAGUUUGUAGAUUAAACUCACACCGCGAUGAUGUUUUGGGUCUAGUCUGACCAUGGAGUAAUGUGAAAAAAGUCAAACUUUUAUGCACAUUUGAACAACUCUCAUCCUUUCACAUAACUCAAAAGAGAAAAAACAUGUUUUGUUUCCAUGCCAAGUUUUAAUGAAAAUGAACCCUUAGCAACAGCUGCCCAAUAGUCAAUUUCUUAGAAUUUCCACAUUGGCAAUACACAUUAAACCUCGACAAUCAGAUGUGGUGUUGAUUCCCUUAUUGUUUGCUGACCUGGAAGCUGAUCCAAUAGUAGACCGUGAAGCUCCUAUUGGGGAGGUUUUUAUCUAUUAUUUGUUCCCAUGAGUCCAAGAGUCUCCUUCAACUUGGAUAUUUGCAUGAGUGAGUGUUGUGUUACAAGGUAUUCAUUGAAAAAAAAUAAAAAUGAAAUAUCAAAAAAAGAUCCCAAGUGUCAUGACCCUAGGAGCAAUAAAGGGGUAUUAUUGUAAUAGGGUAUAAUAGUUUGUUAGGGAUAUUUGACAAUUUGUUAGAGCACAUGGGUGCUGUUAGAAAUUAGUUAAACAACUAACUAUGCCUAUAAAAAGGUCAAUUGUAAGAGGAGAAGAUUAUGUUUUGAAUUGAGAAUUGAAUAGUCUGAUUUCCUUCCUCUAAAUUCUCUCUCUCGAUCUUUCCCUCCCUCACUUUUUGUUCUUCCCUAUUCUUCUUCUAAAUUCUCCCUUUAUUCUUCCAAUUUCCAAUCCAACUUUAGGUUCAUGACAAAUGGUAUCAGAGCCAACAAUUCUCAACUGUGAUUCCGUCGAUUCUAGUAGUGAAUUCGGUUCAGUCAUGUAUUGGAGGUAGAUUCGAGCCAUCAUGAACCUAACAAUCAUGAUCGAAUAGGUGAAUUGCGAUGACCCACUGCGGUUAGCUGGGAAUUGUGGAUUGUCGAUCCACAACAGGUGGUGCAAUCGGAGCCAAUCCAUUCAGGAGGCGAUGCUGGGGGUGCUUCCUAGCAGCAACUCUGACUGUUGACUCAAUAGAAAUUAUCAAGCAGUGUGUGAAGGUGAAGCAGAUUCUAGUGAAUUUCAUGAUCACGAUAGAUCCAAGUCCUGAAGAUGAAGCCAGUGGUUGGCUCAGGGUUGGAAAUUCAGAGGUUGCCCGACUUUUGGAGGCAACUUGAAGGACGAGAUCUAUUUUUCAGAUCUGACCGUGAUGUACGAGGAGAUUCCGGCUAUCCUAGUGGCUAGAUCCAAGUCAUUUCAUGGGAUAAAGGCAAGCAAACCCAGGCAAUCUUGGUCGUUUAUCUUAGCGACGGUCCUCAGCCUUUUUCCAUAGUGAUCAAUCCUCAAUUCCAGAUAAUUCCGUUCGUCGCACAAGAAGUCGAGUAGUCGCACAAGAAGUCGAGUAGUCCAGAGGAUUCCAGUGUAAAAUUCCGACAGUCCAUGUCUGAAUCUCUGCAAGCGCAACAGGAGGCGGCUCUUGGUUGGGAUUUUGACAGUCCUCAGACAGUGAUUGGGUGAGCGAUUUUUCUAGGCUGAUGUGAGGUGAUUGUCGCCUGAGAAUUUUGGGCACUCCUGUCCGAGUCUUGAAGAGGAAGUUGGCCAUUGAUUCUCGGGAUUAGAUUUCGAUGCAUGAAGGUGAUUGACAACGAAUAGGCAGUUGCUUCCAAUCUGAUUUUGAGGGUUAUUGCUAGCCAACUCUCUGUAGAUUUAAUUGAGCCGUUGCUGCUCGAAGUGGAAAGGUGAAGUGGAUUCCGUGUGAGAAGUGGAUUUGUUCAACUUAUCUAGCUCGUUGAUUGUUGGCAGUUGGGGCUGUGAAUAAAGGGAACAAGUGGUCGAUUUAGGUUUUGAAAUUUGGUUAACUUUGUUUGAAGUAAGGAGGCAAAGUAGAGCGGGUGUUCUUCGGCUAUUGAAUUGCAUUUGAAGCGAGUAAAUGAACUGUUACAACGGGCAAAAUAGAAGAAUGUAUAGAACUCAUAUUCCUUGGUCUUUGUAGUGUUUUGUUGGUGAGAAGUCGACCAUGGGGAGCAGUUCAUGCACGAGACAAAUGGAGUCUCAAGGGUAGCAAAAGAAGGUUGCAUUUUUAGCUGAGACAAAUGGAGUCUCAAGGGUAGCAAAAGAAGGUUGCAUUUUUAGCUGGGAACAACAAGAAACAUGAGGAAUUUGGCCAUAAGUCUCAGGCAUGGGAAAAGAAAUUGGAGAAGGGGACCAGCCAAUUGGACAAGGAAACAAGAAGUGCGGUACAUGAUACGAGCAAGGAAUUCGGCCAUAUGUUACAUGAGCAAUUGCAGGAGUUUGUUGUAAUAUCCAAAAACUUUCGGUUACUUUUGAAAUAAGUAUUUGGAAAGAAAUACAAAAGUUUAUAGAAAUCGGUAUCAGAAUAGGCUGAGAAAGUGACCAAAUCAAUUUUUAGCAUCGAAAUAAAUCAGAUCAGAGGUAGUUUUCGAUACAGUUUUGGAUCAGGCUGAAAAACCAAAUUAUCAUAGGAGACUUCCUGAAAGCCAUCAGAACCUUGAGGAAACUUUUAUUUUAUAUGUAAAACAACCCUGAAGUGGUUUCGAGUUGAAAUGAAAGGAUUUACAAUCAAAACAUUCAUUCAGGCUUAAGUGUAAUUUCUUAAAAUUGAUUGAGGGAGGUUGAAAUGAUGUUUUUCCUAAAUUUUUAGGGUGUAAAUGAAGAGUCUAGAACUUGAGGGUCUCAAUGGAAAUUUUGGAAAGUCCAGGGGCUAUGUGGAAAGGACUGAAAUAAAAUUUUGAGACUUGAUAGGGGCAGAAAUGUAAUUUUCAGAAGACUGGCAAUGUGAACACUGCCAAUCGCCGGCCACACCUCUCCCAUCACCGAUUUCGGCCGUGGGAGACUCGAGAGAGUGGAUUGGGGGGGCCUUAAAGCUAGGCCUAGGCUAUCAUGGCUGAUCCUUGGUUGAGAAUUGGCCACGUCGACGCCGGAUUGGAUGGAUUUUUCGGUCGUGUCUUGGCCGAAAAAUCGGGCCUUUGGAGGCCGGCUUUUGGGGCCUUAAUGAGGGUCAUGGGUUGAUCUAGGGCAGGUAAAAGGAUUAUAGACCUUAGAUUAGACAAGAUUGGACGUUUUGAGGCUUGAAAAUAGGUUUAAAUAGGGGUCGAAAGGGCCGAGGGUUGAAUCAAGGGCAAGGGAUAAGGGGCUUUUGCUCAUUGAAGAUUGUAGAGUGUUUCUGAAAAGUUUGGAGAGCAUUCAUGUAAGGUUGAGUAGGAUUCGAAGCUUCACCAGAAACCUGGGUAGAUGUUUUGGCCGAGACUUUGAUCGACCGGUUGGGCCACUUCCAGUGUUCCUUUCAAGUCAACCUAGGUACACUGUGAUCGACUAAAGGAGUAGAUCAAGCCAGGAGCAAAAAUCAGCAUCGCCGGUGUGCCAGAGUAGGGGAAAACGACUGGCGCGUGAAGCACACGCGUCAACUCUCACUCUCAGUUCACGCGUAGGGCUUGUGACCAAUAGGUUGCUUUGGGGCUCAAGAUUGAGUGAUUGUGCAAAUUUCGAGGUCUGCAAGAAAAUUGAGAUUGUGCACGCUUUUCGAGGUGUACUGAAUUUUGUGCGAAAGUUCUAACAGAGAAACAUGCAUUUGAUGCUUUGUGCACCCUAAGAAUGAAGGCAGGCUCCAUUGAUCUUGUCCUCACAGAUGUGCAUAUGUCAGACAUGAACGGAUUUGAGUUACAAAAGCAAAUUCAAGAAGAAUUCAAGUUACCUGUAGUUUUUAUGUCAGCUGAUGACAAGGAUGCUAUCAUACUGAAGGCGUUGGAGAGUGGGGCUGCACUUUUCAUAGUGAAGCCGAUAACCCCAAGUGACUUGAAAAAUCUAUGGCAAUUUGCGGUUGCAAGUAGAAAAGGAAAAACUGUUACCGAGGAAAGUGGAAGUGCUCAAGAAGCACACCAAAUUGCCAAGGCUGGCAAUCAAGCAAUCCGGUUUCAAGAGGCAACCCAAGUUCACAAAUUUUCUAUUCAAGAAAUGGAGCAUGCAUCAUCUCCAAUUGAAUAUAUGCUAAGCAUGAAGGAUUCUGGGAAAAAGGCCAUUGUAAUGGAUACAAAUGCUGAAGAGGGAGAUGGCAAUAAUUUUUUUGCUGGCCCAAGAAAGCCAAGGUUUAUUUGGACAAAUGAAGUCCACAGCCAGUUUGUGGAAGCUGUUAAAGCCAUGGGCGGCCCUGAAAAUGCUGUUCCAAAUAAACUUGUCAAGCUGAUGAAUGUGCCUGGAUUGACAAGGGAACAAGUAGCUAGUCACUUGCAGAAGUAUCGAAGCUACCAAAGGCAAGUUUUUGAAUCCAACACUCAAGCUCGGCCUAUUAGUGAAAGGAGCAAGAUCGAAAAGACUUAUCGAUCAACAUUUGCACGUAUGCAGCCUGUCCCUUUAUGGAGACGCCAACUGCAAUCACAAAAUCUGGAACAAGGCAACAUGAUUCCAUCACUUCAACACACAUAUAGUGAGAGCUAUGUUCCAACUGAAGCUCCCAGACUUGGUGACGAUCCACCUUAUUUGUUCCAGAAAGUUUCACCCAGCAACUCAUCAUACAAUUAUCUCAAUAAACCAAUUCCUGGAAGUGCAUUUAACAUGCCCUAUACUUCAAGAAUUGAAUUAAAUAAUUAUCAAAACAAUUUGUUGUUGGCCGGAAAUACUUCAGCCAGCCUCUUUAGUGGUACAAAAUUUACCCAAAUGGGUCAUCAAAAAGAGCACAUUUCUACCGCAUCUGGUGAUAUUAACUCUAGCGACAGUGAUUAUACUGAGCUCACAACUGCUGAAGCAUCAACUUAUUUAGAUUUUAGCAGUGGCGUGAUGAAUGAAAUCCAAUAUGAAAGUAUCAGUCCUGUGCCAACUUUGAGUGGCAAUUCUGGUGAUGGUCAUUUGGGCCGUGGAGUAUCGUCUUCCAUUGGGGUUCAGAUUACAAAUAAUGUCUCACCAUCAUUGAGUUCCAUUCAACAAGAGAAUGCUUCAAUGCCACCUCUUUCUAAUGUUUCUGAUCUUGGUGGGAUAACUUUUGAUCAACACUGUGGUGAAGAUGUAAUUGACUUCAGUUUUUUGGAUGAAAUUGGCACCGAAGUAAAUCCAUUUCAGGUAUCGAAAAAAUUGUUCUACAUUCCAUUUCUAGUUCAGCAGAUUGUUAACAUACUUAAAGUUUUAGUACUCUUCAUAUAUGACAAAAUGCCGCUUCUUUCUUCUAUACUCCCCCCUUUCUUUUAUGCAUACCAGCAAGGCAUUGAAGAAGCCUUGAAUUUUAACAAUAUGGAUAACCUAGAAGUGAACUAUCAGUCCCUUCAGCAGCAACCUGCAGGUGGUGAAGCUCACAGUUUGUCAGAUGAACAUUUUUUACCAUCUAAUCAAAGCCCUCGUCAAAUAAAUUAAUUGUGGAUGAAGUUGUUCCUUCAAAGGGAAAAGAGAUAAAGUGGAAGCUUGAAGAAAUAUCAUUCCAGUUCUUGGAACCAUUACUCUCUUGAUAUUUUGGCCUGAAAUGACCAAAGUUGAGAUAUCCUUUUGGGAAGCAUGAUGUAUAUUUUCAUUUUGUGUAUGUUGAUGGGAAGUACUGUAGCAUGCAUAAUGACGUAUUUUUGGAUAAUAUGCGGAUAAACUGAUGUAUUCAUGUCCAUUUAUGGGAAAUUCAAUGUAUUUGGUGGGUUUAACCUUCA